CCCUGGAUCUCUGGAGUCGAGCAGCUCGAGUCGCAGCAGCAGUGACUCCACUCCAGGUUUUGCCGCCCUGCCCUUGUGCGCUCUGCUCGCUGCGCGGCGUGCGUCUCCGUUGCUUUUCCUCCUCCUCACACUGAACACGAACAACACACACAACACAGGGCUGCUGGAGAAGAAGAAGUUGUUGUGCACACAGAGAGAGAGAGAGAGAGAGCACCAGGUAGUCUUCCUCUAACGGAUUUGGAGCAACUCGUCGGGGUCUUUUUUUUUCUCUCUUUUUUCGAGGUGGAAGAGACGAAGCUUUUUUUUUUUUGCAAUGAGGUGGACGUGCCAGUAUCUAAAGUGAGGAUUUUUUUCUUUAUUUUGUUUUUUUUAAUGAACAUCUGACACAUCUUUGCUGCUCCACUGGAGAAAUCUAUCAGUUUGUUUUUUUCUUUUCUGACUGGAGCUCCUAUUUCUCUGUGAGACACUAUUGAAGGAUUUCACUGAUGUAUGCGAUGUGGAGGCUGCAGGUCGCCUUCUGUACUGUGUCGGUGCUGCUGCUGUCCCUGUCAUCAUCUGCUGCUGCUGCUGCUGCUGAGAGCAAAGCGCGGAGCUGUAGCGAGGCGAGGCAAGCUUAUAACGCUAAAGGAUUCAGCCUCGUCGAUGUGCCUCAUCAGGAAAUAUCAGGUGAGCACCUGCGUGUCUGUCCUCAGGGAUACACCUGCUGCACAUCCGAGAUGGAGGACAAACUCAACCAGCAGAGCAAACAGGAGUUCGAGAACUUGGUCGACGAGAGCAGCCACAAUAUGAGGACGACAUUUGUCUCCAGGCAUAAAAAGUUUGACGAGUUUUUCUUGGAGCUGCUGGACAAUUCAGAGAAGUCUCUCAACAGUAUGUUCACACGGACGUACGGCAAGCUGUACAUGCAGAACUCAGAGGUGUUCCAGGACCUGUUCACGGAGCUAAAGCGCUACUACACGGGGGGCAACGUCAACCUGGAGGAGAUGCUCAAUGACUUCUGGUCCAGGCUGUUGGAACGCAUGUUCCAGCUACUCAACUCCCAGUACCACUUCACAGAAGACUACCUGGAGUGUGUCAGUAAAUACACAGAUCAGCUAAAGCCCUUUGGAGAUGUGCCCAGGAAACUGAAGGCCCAGGUCACCAGGGCCUUCAUCGCCGCCCGGACGUUUGUCCAGGGGCUAAUGGUUGGUCGGGAGGUCGCCAACAGGGUCGCCAAGGUGAAUGUAGUUCCAGCAUGUGUCAAAGCCUUGACCAAGAUGCUGUACUGUCCAUACUGUCGCGGCAUGCCUGGGCUGAAACCCUGUCACAACUACUGUCACAACGUCAUGAGGGGCUGUUUAGCGAACCAGGCAGACCUAGACGCUGAAUGGAACCUCUUCAUCGAUGCUAUGUUGCUGGUGGCAGACAGACUGGAGGGACCCUUCAACAUUGAAGCAGUGAUAGAGCCGGUUGACAUCAAGAUCUCUGAGGCCAUCAUGACCAUGCAGGACAACAGCAUGCAAGUGUCAGCCAAGGUUUUUCAAGGGUGUGGCCAGCCGAAGCCAUCAGGGAUCGGCAGAUCUGCACGUGGCAUCUCAGAUGUGUUCAGUGCUCGCUUCAGACCCUACACCCCCGAAGAGAGGCCGACCACAGCGGCUGGAACAAGCCUGGAUAGACUGAGGGUUGUGUGGAGGACAAUGCAACACAGCGUGAUUGACAUCAAAGAGAAGUUGAAGGAGUCCAAGAGGUUCUGGUCCAACCUGCCAGAUGACAUCUGUGCCAAGGGCAAGCUCACCGAGUCUGACGAGGAUCAGUGCUGGAACAGCCACACGAAGGGCAGAUAUUUCCCUGAAGUGGUGAAGGAGGGUCUAACCAACCAGGUGAGCAACCCAGAGGUGGAUGUGGAUAUCACCAGGCCUGACACACUGAUACGACAGCAGAUCAUGGCUCUACGUGUCAUGACCAACAAGCUAAAGAACGCCUACAACGGGAAUGACAUCUACUUCCAGGACUCAAGUGACGAGGGCAGUAGUUCUGGCAGUGGCAGCGGCUGCUCCGACGGCUGCACAACAGAGUUUGUUUUUGUUGGAACAGAGGCUCCUGUGAUCGGAGCCGACAGAAGUGAUGAACGCGCAGCAGCAGCCGCGGGCAAGUCGUUCUGCCGCGGCCCCUCCCUACUGCUGGUGAUGGGCGCCCUCACACUCCCACUCUGGGCAAUGAAGACUCAAUGGAGAUAAUACACGAGUGUGGCCUGAUCACUGACUUUUAUACUGUUACUAUACGUACAGUACAGUAUGUCUAACAGCAAGUUCUACUGCUGUUCCCUCACUGGACAUGUAGAACCUCCUGGAAACCUGUCGAGAAUGGCUUACUGUGUGGUAUGGUAGGACUGGAAGUGAGUGCAGCGCUGCAUCCUGCUCGUCCCCCAAAGAAUGCUCGGUGCCAUCACUGAACCAGCUUUCACAUCUCCGAAAAAAAGAAAAUGUGGUGUUUUCUCAUUAUUCUAAAGUGGAUUUUAAAGAACAUACUUCUCUUUUAGAAAGUGAAAACCAUCUGAUCUGAUUUUUCAGAUAAAGGGGAAUUUAUUUUUAUUUUCCUUUGUAUGAUGAAGUUAUGAGACAACACGCAUUUUGUCCUAUUAGUCUUUUCCCCCUCAGACAGAAGUCUUACUGUGUGCAUGCGUGUAAAUGAUGUUAACUGACAAAACCUUUUUUUUUCCUUUUUUUUUUAAUGCAGGCUACACAGUUUGGGAUUGGUUGGUGCAGGAUUGUACAGCGCUAGCAGUUCACCUGGUUUCCCGUUUGGUCAUAUCAGUGUGGCUUCAGGAAGCAGCAGUUCUUACAGCCACUUUAUAGUUGCACAUUUAAUUAUCUCUGAGAAAGUGCUAAUGUACUGCACUAAGAGAACUACUUUGCACAGAUUAUUUUUGUCGGCUUCAUAAGUUUAUAAAGCUAGAGGAAACAUCCACCCCAUAGAGACAGAAGAUCUAUAUUUUCAGAUCAUUUAACUGUAUUGUACUUCUAAACAGUUGCAGUAUGUAUUUCACUGGAAGAUACUGUAAUGUAAUCUUACUGCUUUAGUUAAUGGCUACAUUUUUUAUAAAUGUAUUAUUUGUUUUUACAAGUUAUUUGGUCACCUGUAAAAUUAAAAAAAACAGGAGAGUUUUCGCAACAACACUAAGCCAUUAUGCUACAAUUGCCUGCUAACGAUAUUCAGUUACCUGAUUUACUCUCUUCUGUUUGGGUACUUAUCAUGCACUUAAACAGUUCUGCUUUCCUUUUUAUUUUUCAGAGAACUCAGAGUAUAUUAGUGAUAUUAGGUAUCCGCUAAUGACAUUUUCAUUUAUUUUCUUGGCUCCCAUGCUUUAAUUAUUUAUGGUUAUGAUUUAUAUUGUAUGUUUUUAUUACUUGUUUAUAUUACAUAAUUACUCCUGUAAGCUCAGCCCUCUGACAGGCUCUGCAGGUUCACCCACUCGCAUCUUAUGGAGCACCACGCUGAAGUUCGCAUGUUGUUGUUUGGCCAAUCAGAACAGACCCACCACCCCUACAGGCUACAGGUUAUACAAGUGUUCAUGUUUUCUUAAGAAGCAUGUACAAUGUCAGCAACACAAAAAGAAGUAGGUUGCCAAGGCUAGAGGGCCCUGACUGUACUCUUGAAGCCCAGACAUACCAAACCGACAUCAGAGAACUAGCAGUGAUGAAGGCCGACUGUUGCGUUGCUUCACGUCGCCUUUGUCUUUGCCAAAAAGUUGCGCCCAAACACACCGGAAAGACUACAGCCGACGGCCAGUUAGCACGUACGUCUUGCGCCUGCGUGAGAUGAAAUAACUCCGCCAGCAGAUAGCGGUAGUCUGUAUUCGUCAUUGAAAAAGGGAAACUGGA